GUGGAAUUACACCUAUAUGAUGACCUAUGGGAUGAAUUGAAAUUCAGAUGCUUCAUCUACUGAUCUACAUCAGACCUUCAAUAAUCAAAAAAUAGUAUUAGUACUAUCAGUUCCUUUUUAAUGUAUUCCCUCUCAAAUUUAGGAUAAGAAGUGUAUAAAACAGAACCUUAUUUAUUAAAAUCAACCAAAGCCAUCUCACCACAAAAAUGGUUGAUGAAUUGUCCAAAACAUCUCUACAUGCCAAAUUCGAAAAGAAAACCAUGUCAUCAAGCUGCAAUAAAUUCCUGAAUGUGUCCAACUUUGUGGUUUCCAUAUCGGCCAUCACAACUCUACUCAUCUUGUUCUUGAUCUUGUCCUUCAAUUGUGCAAGAAAAGAAGUGCAGUGUUCUUCAUCAUGCUACUAUCAACUGGUUGAGAGUGUGCCGCAAAACCUAACAUUUGCCCAAGGAAGUCCUUCACACAUGAGCACUACUGAAGCAUGGCUCUCGCUUUUGAAUGGGGCUGAGAGUCGCGUUGAUAUGGCAGUGUUCUAUUGGUCUCUCACUUCUGAAGAUGUCAAACCUGGUUCCAUGUUCCCUUCUGCGGUACCUGGUCAAGAUUUGCUUGGGAGAAUGAUGAGUGUUGGGCUCAAAGAUAACAUUACCAUGCGCAUCGCCCAGAAUGCCCCUACGCCAAACUCGCCUCAGAAUAACAGUGAAGAGCUCAGGAAAGCAGGAGCUGCUGAGGUACUGAACGUUGACAUGCAGCACUUGGUGGGCGGUGUUCUGCACACCAAGAUGUGGAUCAUUGAUGAUGACAAGUUCUACCUCGGCAGUGCUAACAUGGACUUCAGGUCUCUCACACAGGUGAAGGAGCUCGGUGUGGUGCUGUGGAAUUGCUCUUGUUUGGCUCGCGACAUGAGAAAAAUCUUUGAGCAAUACCGCUACGUAGGGGCGCGUCGCAGCAUUCCUGCCGUCUGGCCAGCCAACUUCAGUACGGACAUCAACCGUCAUAGCCCUCUCACCAUCUCCCUCAACGGCAGCGCGGCCACGGCCUUCAUCUCGAGCUCUCCUCCUGCGUUCACGUCCCUGGGCCGAGAGAACGACGUGGACGCCAUCGUCGCCGCCAUUGACGACGCUCGACGCUUCGUCGACGUCGCCGUCAUGGACUACUUACCCCGCACCCUCUACAGCAGACACGUCCAAUUUUGGCCUGUGAUCGACAAUGCGCUGCGCAAAGCUGCACUGGAGCGACGUGUGCGCGUGCGCGUGUUGGCGUCGCUGUGGCAGCACUCAAGGGACGACUUGGCUCACUGGCUGUUGUCGCUCUCCGCCAUCACGUCGUCCUAUCCUCAAAUUGACGUACAAGUUAAGCUGUUCGUGGUGCCAGCUUACACGCCAGAACAAAGGGAGAUCCCUUUCGCUCGUGUCAACCACAACAAGUACAUGGUCACGGACCGUGUCGCCUACAUUGGAACAUCGAACUGGAGCGCAGACUACUUCACUAACACGGCUGGCGUGGGCCUCACAGUGAACGACACAGUGAGCACCAGCGCCGGCGACACACUCAGGACGCAGCUGCACGCUGUCUUCAACAGGGACUGGAACUCUGAGUACGCCAAGCCCGUGCAGGAUAUCCUUCCUACUGAACCUAAUAAGGAGCUAGUUAGCGACUAGCAUUUGGAUGUAGUAGUGGAUUACGACUAGUUUAUUAAUCUAACAUGACUCAGUGUAGCGUAGUGGAUGACAGACGCUCUUCAUUAGAUGCUGAUAUUUAAAGUAAUCAGUUUCCGCCAAAGUGUUGGUCUGUUGUGUGAGCUGAUAGCGAUCUCUUGUGAUUACGCCAGAUAUUCAGUUCUUGCACAUGACCGUGUCGAGUACAUCCCCCUUGAGCGCUCAAUAUUUACACACAAUUUUCAUGCCACUUUUUAACUUUAUUUUUUGAUGCUAUUUUCAUGAUAAUUCGAAGCGUUCCA